AUGCACUUACUCCAAGAUGCAACCUCCCUGUCUCUCGGACACCCGAAAGCACGGCUGUCGCCUCCUGGCCACAACGCUAGAGCUGCUGGCUGGCUCUCUGGCUGGCUGGCUGGCGACGCUGGAGCUGCGGAAACCGGAGCUGCUGCACCAGAGCCACAGACUCGUCAAGAUUUAAAGUCUCACUGGGGAAUGAACUCUGAGCCAGGGCUCGCACUCGAACACCGAUCACCAACUGCUGAGCCGACGGUGCCGAUGGGGACGAGUACGGGCCAGGCGUUGGGCUGGACGGGGGGGAUGGGAUGGGAUUCGGCCAUGCGAGGGAGCUCACGAGACCAUGCAACGCUAGCGAGGCGAAUUUCCGCCCUCGCUAGAGCUUUAGCUGCAGCUCCAUCUCCAGCUCCAGCUGCCGCCGCUGCCUUGAAUUCGCGUCUGUACAGAAGCGCAGCAAUGAGUACGAGGACUCGCCUGGAACGCUCCCCCCAACGUUCGCCCCCGGGCCCUCGGAGGAGCGCUCCUCGUCCGCAUCCCGUUUGCGGCGCGUCCGCCCGCGGCUCCAAGUCCGUGUUAUCCAGACGGUCUGCGACGAUGUCGCGGCCACUGGUCCCGGGACAAGGGGCCGCGGCCCGAGCGCGCUUCUUUAAUGGCGUCCUCGUCCCGCAGGGCGAGCACGCACGCCAUUGGCGCCAGCCUUGGCGGGACGAGCCGAUAGGCUGGGCCCGUCAGUGA